AUGUCAUCCAACGACCAACAAUUGUCCGCCGCCAACGACCCGUAUGGAUACAGCUCCGCCCACGGUACUGGUCGAACGUCUCAACAGGCCAUCCAGAACAAUGCAAGCGAUCACACCGAAUUAUGGAGGACUUACCAACAAGACUUAACCAAUGCCACCAGUGAUGCUGAAAGGGAAUCGAUCGAAGCAAGAUAUUUGAGCGCAUCAGCUGAAUUGCAAAGUAGUUUUUGGACUCAUAAUGAUCCGGGAGAUCCCAAAAGGUAUUGA